UAAAAAAUCGGUAGUCUGUAAAGUCGGUUUACUGAACGUGACAACGUCAUAAGAAAAUACCAGAAAAUACUUUAUUUCUUUUAAAAAAAGUUGGCAACCCUUGAGCGAGGGAACGACGCAUGACGUUAUCUUUUUUCGAGUGUGCAGCCGGCACUAUCGAAUUAAAAGACGUUUUCACGUCAAAAAAUGCUGAUCAGUCACAGAGUUCCUGGCAGCGUGCGGUAGGCAAAGAGACGGUGUUAGCAGCCCUCGCGCGGUUGGAGCAGGACAUCGCUAACAGUGAGAAAUUGUAUCCAGCGCAGAGGUUGACCGUCGUAGCAGCGGAGCUUGAAACUAUACAGCAGGAAAUAAAAGAAUUCGAAGAAAUAACUGUUCCUAUGACCAAUGCUGAAUCGUAUUCAAAAACAAUGCAUCAGUUGUUCGUAAAUUUGGACCUAUACAAACGACCGAUGUUGGCAGCGGAAAAUGAAGAUUUUGUUGCUAAUGUUAACCGGAAGGAAAUGCGUAGAUUGGAGUUGUCCUGGCUUCGUAGUCGGGAGAAGGAAUUGCAACGAGACAAGCGACAGCUCCACGCUCAACUCCUGAGAAUACGAUCUUUAUACUCACAGCUGCAGCAGUUGCUAGGAGCGAUAUGGAGCGACGGUCAACGUCCAGAUGUAUCAUUAGAAGAAGAGUUUGAGCGAGUGCAUUCCCUACGCGACGGUCUGGCAAACGUCAGCAUGCGAUUAAAGGCGGCUGUGGAGUACGCGCAUUCGGCUCUGCGGCUACUAGAUGAUGCCCUUCCGGCUUGGAAGCUUGCUUCUAUUGGGAAGAGUGGUUGGGAGAGGACCGCCGCGUGUGGCGACGCGUGCAAGCUGCUGGUGCGCGCGCGCUGCCAGGAGCGCGGCGCUAGGCGGGUGCUGGCAGCGUCCGCGGCGCCCCGAGCCGCGCGCGCGCUGCGGCUGGCCUUGGACUAUGCCUUCACCGACACUGUGCAUGACCACAAAUAUCAAAGAGCGACAGAAAUAUUUUUACAAUUUAAGGAAUCACUAGUGCAAUUAGUUAAUUCAAUCCAUCAGGUUCUGCUCAAUAAUGUAGAAAACUUAGCAUUCACGGAAAAAGAGUUGGAGGAAAGUAGACGAAAAUUAAGAUCAGCAAGAGCCAAUGAUAUAGUCAAAAGAGGAUUGCAUGAUUUAGAAUAUGAUAUGGACACUCUUGAAAGGUUAAAAGGAUCCACUAAAGUUGUAGAUAAAUAGGUAGUAAAUUAAC